CCAGCAGCCCCGCCCCUCCCCCCCGCCGCCGCCGCCGCCGCCGCCGCCGCCGCCGCCGCCGCCGCCGCGCCGCGUCCGGGCCCUGCCGCGCCGGGAUGAGCCGCGCUCCGCCAUGGAGACCAAACGGGCCGAGAUCCCCAGCAGCGUCCUGGACGACUUGUGCAGCCGAUUUAUUUUGCACAUUCCAAGCGAAGAGAGAGACAAUGCAAUCAGAGUAUGCUUUCAGAUUGAACUUGCCCAUUGGUUUUACUUGGAUUUCUACAUGCAAAACACACCAGGAUUACCUCAGUGUGGGAUAAGAGAUUUUGCGAAAGCUGUCUUCAGUCACUGCCCUUUUUUACUGCCUCAAGGUGAAGAUGUACAAAAGGUUUUAGACGAGUGGAAGGAAUAUAAAAUGGGAGUGCCAACCUAUGGUGCAAUUAUUCUUGAUGAGACACUUGAAAAUGUUCUUUUGGUUCAGGGCUAUUUAGCAAAGUCUGGUUGGGGAUUUCCAAAAGGGAAAGUAAAUAAAGAAGAGGCUCCUCAUGACUGUGCUGCUAGAGAGGUGUUUGAAGAAACGGGGUUUGACAUAAAAGAUUAUAUCUGUAAAGAAGAAUACAUUGAGCUGCGAAUUAAUGAUCAGUUAGCACGGCUCUACAUCAUUCCAGGCGUUCCCAAGAACACAAAAUUCAACCCUAAAACCAGGAGGGAAAUUCGGAAUAUUGAGUGGUUUUCCAUUGACAAAUUGCCAUGCCACAGGAAUGACAUGACCCCCAAGUCCAAGCUAGGUCUGGCACCUAACAAAUUUUUUAUGGCCAUUCCUUUCAUCAGGCCAUUGAGGGAAUGGAUUUCCCGAAGGAAUGGAGAUUCCUCGGAGAGUGACAGUGGUUUUUCACCUACAGCGAGCACACCCUCUAAGCCCAACUUGGAAAAAGCUAGAUCCAAACUUCGCAGUAGUCAGCAGGUGGUCACAGAUGGCUUUUCAGGAGAGCAGUGGAUGAAGCCAAAACAAACACAAAAGCCAUACAAUCAUCCUGAGAUGUCUGAAGCAUUAAAAAUAAAGCAGAGUCAGAACUUGAGGGGCAACGGCAAAAAGCAGUAUCAAGACACUCCCACCCAAAAGAAAAAAACAAAUGGAGUCCACAGUCAACCAGCAAAGCAAAACCACACCUUGAAAUGUGAAAAAAGGCUUAAUCCAAGAAGACUUCAAGAUAACUUUGAAACAGAUGCACCAUAUGAGAUGUGUUGUUCCAGUGAAGACCCGGUGGUAGAAAAUGUAGAGGGGCACUCUGUGGCAUGCAACGGCAAUAACAAAUUUGCUUUCUCAUCAAGAGCUUUCUUGAGUUUCAAGUUUGACCAUGAUGCCAUAAUGAAAUGUUUUGACCCCUGACAGCAAAUCUGUUAUGAACAAAGAUCAGAUUUGCCUAUAGCAAUUGCGGGGGGUUUCUUAUCCAGCCUUACUCUUUCUCAGGAGUUUUUUUGUUGUCGUUGUUUUUUUUUUUUUUCUUUGAUUAUGUGUUUUUAAAUGCAAUGCAGGGACUGACUGGUGGUUUGGAAGGGUUUGUUCUCUUUGCAGUACGGGAGUGGCAUAGUCAAGUGUUGCACUUUAAAUGCAGUAUAGCCUUUGUCCACAAAAGUACCUUUCCAGUGUUCAGUUAACUUGUUCCUAGCUGUGCAUUAGAGGGCAUUCUUUUUUCCUCAUUUUUUUUUAACUUGCUGUGUGUUUUUUAGAUUGUCAUUGACAUUGACUUUUUUGUAGUGUUGGAGUAUACCAGCUUGCUAAACUUUUAACUGCUCUGAUAUAAAUUAUUGGACUUGUUAGUCAUUAUUUUAUAGUACAUUGCAAUAUUACGACAGUGGCAAUGAAGCUGAUUCUCAGAGGACUCCUCUCUCUGUCCCAGUAAUUUUGAAACCAUAAGUUGCACAUUUCAAACCUAGCCUCAGCCUGUCAUCUUUUCUUUUUCCUGGUGGCUUGCCCACAAUAUUUUCCCUCGCACUGAAAGUCAAUUUCUGUUGGCUGGCAAUCAGUAAUACUUGAGUCAAAUUUAUAGCAUGACUUCUUCUGUACCUACUCUGCCUCUGUUUCCUGUAAGGAUACACAAACUGGGUAGAACUUAGCCUUUCAAAGUGUCUAGCUUCAACUCAUGCACUGUCCCCAGCUGGGUAAAAAGAAGUUGAAAAGUUUCAUGUUAUCCCAGUUGUAGCUGCUUUCAAGAAGAAAAGCUCAAACUUCGUUUGUGGGAAGUUACUCAUGUAGAAUUUAUGCUGAAUGUAAAUAAGCCUCUGUAGAUCUUGCCAGGAGGAAAGCAGGUGCAUGGAUAAUAGAAUCAUUGUGUGACACUAAAAGGCUUAAUCAGGCUUGCAAUAACUAUUCUAAGGAUGUCCAGUAUUGUAUUCUGUGCUGUUGUCCUCAGUUCUCUUGUGUAGUGUAUGCUCUGUAUAUAGUUGUCUUGAAUUGCACUUGCAGUUAGCAUUUAAAUGAUGUAGCCUCAGUCUUUUGGAGCUACAACGCUUUCUUAGUAAAAAUAUCAAAGAUCUGAAGAAAAAUAAAACCAUAACAGUGGAGGUGAUGAACUGUUAACUGUUACAUCACCGUCAUGAUUCAAGUUAGGGUGUUUCGAACACAAGCUUUGCAGUUGAGAGAAAUGCACUGAACUCACUUGUUACAGCAGCUUGUGGUGCCAAGCAUAUUUGUCCCAGAUUUAAGAAUUGAUUCUUCUCUAAAAUAAAGGUGAGCAAUUGGUAACUUCCUAGUUGAAUGAACUAGGCCUUCCUCUCUCGUUCAGAGUGUAUGCUCGUGCACUGAGUCUUUAUGCAACUCAUGUGGCAUCCAAAAACACAAUCCUGGUCUUCCUUCAACUUCCCUACUUCAUCUAUUACCUAGUGGUUUUCCUCAGAAAUAGCUUUAGAACUAUCUUCUGGUGUGUUUACCUGCCUGACACCAGGUGAUUUGGGACUCUAAUGCUGUAAUGCUUUCGGCAGUAGGAACCCUGGACUUCUGUAUGAGUUAACAGGAGAAACAGACUGCAGCAUUUCCUCCUUCUGGAGGACAAGAGUCCUGAGGGCCUUGUCUUUCAAGACCAAAUCAUGAAAUAACUCAAUCUAGCUUUGUCUCACCUAGUUUAAAAAAAAAUAAAUCCAAAGGCUGUAGAAAACAGUAAAUGGGUAAAUAGUAAUAAUUGAGAAGGUGGGAUAAUGCUGGAGGAUGUUAUGUUACUCAGCUUCAGGUGAAAAAUAACCUUUAGUUACUUUUCUAGUGCAAAUAGUUGAUUUCCCAGCAAAAGUGCCUUUACUCACAGUGAGGCAGAAGUUUGUAUUCAUAUCAUGAGGCUGCUACUGCCUGUGGAGUUAGCAAGACUCUCCUAAGGCAUGAUUCACUAUCAGGCUGUGGGAAUCUUUAAUAAGUAGGUUGACUUAAAAUAUAUAUAUAUUAAAAAGAAAAAAAAAAAUCAGUUAUUUCAUCUAGUGCUCUGUGAAAUAAGGGGAAUGCUGAUGAAACAGUGAACUUCUGUUGUCACAGACAGAGGGAAGUCUUUAAAAUGAAGCAAGCAUGUCCUACGAGCAGGAGAUGCUGACUGCCCUCUGUGUUCGCUGGGUCAUUUUUGUCUUAGUGAAAGCUUGGUGCAGUGUAAGAGAAGCUGGUUGCUUUGUUAAGCAGCCCAAAGUGGGGCUUAUUCAUGUCAUGAUCUUAGUAAAUCUAGCCUUAAUGUGAGUUGCGGAUAAAUGUGAUAAAUAUGCAAUAACUUUUACUUCCUUGUAUAAGGGUACUGUUCCUUGUAGCAGCAUUGCUUUUCUGCUUCCUCAGUAAGGUUGCUAAAACAACAAGAGUGUGGCAGCAUGUGACCUACCCUAUGGUUUCCAUCAUGCCCCGCACUGUGAACACUUUGAAUUGUUUACUAUUACUAGUUCAUGUUCUUAUUUCGCCAUCAUUUUAUAAUUAAGUAUAUUUUCAAGUUUAGAAGUAUACAGUUUACAUUAGUUUCUGUAAGACAGUGAAGAAAUUACAAGUGAGGUAUAGAUUUCAGUGAGUUUUUAUUUCCUGGGAACUAGACACAGAAAAAUGAAUAACUGUUUGCAUGUCAGACUCAAGCUCAUGUCAAGAUACUUGAAAAUUAAACAUUACUCAACUUAUGCUUAGGGCUAAAGCAAUUCAGAAUGCUUGUCUAGAAGGGGUUAUUCAGAGUAUGAUUGGUCACUCAGUGUUCUUGAAAUUAAAGAAGACACGGAAUUAACCAAACUUUUUGAAAAAAAAAAAACACAAAUGUUUGGGUACUGGGAAUGAAUCUAGUACUAAUUUGCAGUUUCUAGGACGACAUAAAUUCCAUGUUUAUUGUGAAAUUUCUACCAUCUCUCCUUUGCAGAGUGGUUUGAACUUUGACUGAAGAGUGAUCUGCCUAAUUGAAUUAAUUGUGUUCUAUGCUGAAAUACUAACUUCAACUCCUUGAUGCACAUGCAUGCUUUUUAAAGUACCUGUGUCUUGUGUAGUUUGAAGUCAGGAAAUAGCAGUGUUGAGAAGAGGGUAAAUAGCUUUAUUUACUGCACAAUCAAAGUAUUUCUUUUUUAUACAAUGUAAAUUUCUUAGACCAAACUUGCAUAAAUAGUUUGUAAUAGAGUUUUGGGCCUAGUCAUUGUUUCAGGCUUCUGUGCUGUGCUCCAACCUUCCUGAUUUGAUUUAGUGAAUUGAGAACAAUGCUUACUGUGUUUUUUCCUUCACCUACUUGCAGCUGUAAUUUAUGGAACAGUUACUUUUAAAAACAAGGCAGGAUUCGGGUCUGGCUGUUCCUAGCAGACUUGCUCUCAGAUUGGAAAUUGUUUUUUCCAACCCUUACUUACUGUAGUAGGUUUGCUUUUAACGAUUUGCAGUAUAUAGCAGCGCUCGUGUCAUUCUGGUGUAAAGAGCAAGAGUCUACAUUAAGAAUCCAAGCUCCAAUACCCUGUGAUACAAAAUGGUCUUGCUGCUCCAUGGGUGACUGGCUUUCCAGUUGUUGGGUCAGUGAGCCAUUUAAUUCUCAGCUACCUGUUUUCUGUUUAUUUUUUACAAAUUCUGAGCAACAGAACUUUUUUUUUUCUUUUUUUUUUUCUUUUCCCCAGAGGUAAAGUCAGGUGCCUUCAUCUUUUAAAUUAGGAAGUUAACUGUAAACUUGUUCAGAAGCUCACGACUAUUGAGAGCUGGUAGAAUAGCCUCUCUUGUUGAUUUAAAAGCAGUUUAUUUACAGGAAUUUGAGCUUGCACUGUUACUGUUAAAGAGUCUGGUGCUUAUACAUGACUUCAUACUAAUUUCAGAUUGCUUUUGUUAUUACAAUAUGUCAGCUUUUGAAGCAACCAAAAUUAUUUAAGAUGUGGUAAAUUUCUACUAAAUGAAGGUGCUUUAACAGUAAAUUAGGCUUGGCGAUGUCACUACUCUUGCAUAGUAGGUUUCUGUCCUUACGCAUUUAUAGCAAUAGUCUGGUUCAAGAAUGAAAGAAGUAGGCUAAAUGCUUGUAAUUGCACUGUUCUUCAUACUGUACAUAAGCACUGAUAGAUACAGUAGUACUUGUGCUGUGUGUGCAUUUCACUGUUUAAAGUAGGUUGUGAACUUACAAGCAAGACAACUUAUGUAGCAAUUACGUUGGCCAUAUUCAAAAUCAUACAAGAUAAAAAAUGUCCUGGAUUAGUCAGAGUACAUUAAAAAUAAAUGCUUGGGUUGUAACGUGUCUUUUCAUUGAAAGUGUUAGGUUAAACUAGACCAACUGUACAGGUUCCACAUUACAGGAUCACCUAUCUUCAAACAGCUCUCAGCUGUGGAAUACUGGGAAGGAAGUGUAAGAGUCUUCAAUUCAUCCUUCAGUACUCUGGGGCGCGGGGGGAAGCAUGUUUUUCUGUAAUCGUCAGGAAUUUUCAGGGUACAGAAUGCUUAAAAUUGAAAAGGUCCACCCUGAAAUUUAUGGAAAAUACCGAUGAGUAUUUUAUCAUUCUUAAGCAUUUACAUUGUUUAGCAGAAGAACUAGCUUUUGAUUUGUUCAGUGCCCUGAAGAAAGUGAUUACAUCCCAUGGGGUGUAAAUCAUUGUAAAACAAGGCAUUGAUAGCUUUUUAAGAAUACAGAUCCUAUAGACUCAAUUCUCUAUUACACACCUCUUACUGAGAAAAAAUUACUUUGCAAGGUUUUUUAAGCAUGUUUGAGUAAAAUUUUUAAACUAAGGAGAUGAACCAUUUAUUCUUACUGUUGGGUACGUAUUUUUGUUAUGCAGGAAAGGUUUGUAAAAUUGCAUGAUUAGCUCUCAGCAAAUAACUUCUCAAGCCUAUACUUAAAACAGGAUCCUUAAGUAACUUUACCAUGUCUGCAUGGCGUUGCAGUAUGUGGAAGCAGUACUUCAACUGUGAGGAGCAGUCUAGCUGGGUUUGCAAGGCACUUUAACAUGAAAAACAAACAAAACAAAACAGACCCCACAAAGCUAGGUGGGGUUUUGUUCGUUAAUUUUGGCAUAAUGCUGAAUCCUUGUACGUGUUCUAGGACCUAGGCUGACUCAGGAAUUGCUGCCCAAAGAAAACUUUUCUGUGCAGCAUUGCAUGCCUUGCAGAAAAACAGGGAGCCAGUGUUUUAUUAUAUGGCUCAUGCAUGAUGGGUUAUGUCUUCCUCCUGUUUGUUCUAAGCUCAAAAACUUAAUCUGUUUUCCUCACUGGUAUGUAAGUGGCAUAUCAGUGCUAAGUGUAAAGUACUUACAGCUAGUUGUGAGUUGAACCUAUGUAAAGUUACAGAUUUUAUUCAAUUUCCACUAUGUUGUCUUGAAGAGGGUUUGUAUUGGUCAGCUCUUCAAUUUUAGCAAAUAAAAUCUGUAACUACCUGUAACAAAUGUUGUAUUGAUGAUUGUGAUUUAAUUGUUAUUCAGUGAUUUGGAAACUGAAGCACACCAGUUAAAAGGCUAUGACUAAAUUGACAGUUUCUUCUAUAAUGUAAUUUUUCUCUAAAAUUAAAUGAUUUUAUGUAUAAACUUAA